AUGCUCUUCAAGAUCCUCCCCGCUCAGUCCCUGGCCAUGAUGCCCCGCUUUGCCUCCGCCCCCAUGCUCGAGGAGCGCUUCCCGGACAAGUGGGACAUGGAGGCUCAGUACGAUCCCUACGUUCCUGCUCCCACUGGCUUCGAUGCCAGCCGCUUCCCUGACAGGUCUGGUGAGGGCAACCAGUACCAGUAUGGUGAGGUGUUGCAUUAA